AGUGGCUGUGGGGAAAGUAGAAGUGCGCUCCGCUUCGGCCAUGACGGAGGCGGGUUCGGCUGAACCGGAGUCGGAGACUUUGCGGCUGAAGAGGCUCCGAGGCGGCGGCGGCGGCUUCUUCACGGUACCUCAAGGACACAGGCUGGGAAGAUGUCGGAGUGUGAAGGAAUUCGAGAAACUCAAUCGUAUUGGAGAAGGAACCUACGGCAUUGUGUAUCGUGCCCGGGACACCCAAACAGAUGAGAUUGUGGCACUGAAGAAGGUGCGGAUGGACAAAGAGAAAGAUGGGAUUCCCAUCAGCAGCCUGCGAGAGAUCACCUUGUUGCUGAAGCUCCAGCACCCCAACAUUGUGGAGCUGAAAGAGGUGGUGGUGGGGAAUCAUUUGGAGAGCAUUUUCCUUGUGAUGGGUUACUGUGAGCAGGACCUCGCCAGCCUCCUGGAGAACAUGCAGGCUCCCUUCUCUGAAGCUCAGGUGAAGUGUAUCAUUCUCCAGGUUCUCAAGGGCCUUCAGUACCUGCAUGAAAACUUCAUAAUCCACAGGGACCUGAAGGUAUCCAACUUGCUCAUGACUGACAAAGGUUGUGUAAAGACGGCGGAUUUUGGGUUGGCUCGUGCUUACAGGGUCCCCCUGAAGCCCAUGACUCCCAAAGUUGUCACACUCUGGUACCGAGCGCCUGAGCUGCUUCUGGGGACAAUAACACAGACCACCGCCAUAGAUAUGUGGGCGGUGGGUUGCAUCCUGGCAGAGCUGCUGGCUCAUAAACCGUUGCUACCUGGGAGCUCUGAGAUCCAGCAGAUAGACAUGAUUGUGCAGCUUCUGGGCACGCCCAAUGAGACCAUCUGGCCAGGCUUCUCCAAGCUGCCACUGGUGAGCCAGUACACCCUGCGCAAGCAGCCAUAUAAUAACCUGAAGCACAAGUUCCCGUGGCUGUCGGAGGCUGGCCUUCGCCUCCUCAAUUUCCUCUUCAUGUACGAUCCUAAGAAAAGAGCAACAGCUGGCGACUGCCUGGAGAGCUCCUACUUCAAGGAGAAGCCUUUGCCCUGCGAGCCAGAGCUCAUGCCAACCUUCCCACACCAUCGCAACAAGAGGGCGGCCCCCAGCGUAGAGUGCGCAGGCAAGCGCAGUCGGCCCUGAGGAUGCACACUGCUCCCGGGCAGAGCUUGAAGAGAGGCAGUGCUGGGCACUGCCAGCAGCAUCGGGGCAAAGAUCCAGGAGCCUUCAGAGGGUGUCGUGACAGCUCCCAUGUUCUUCAAAGGAAUCAGCUGCCCCUGCUGGGAGACACUACUACUGGGAGCUGGCUUGCCAAGCUGCACCAAAGUUCCUGAAUUAUCAGCUCAACUCUCCCAUGAUGGAAAGAGCAGGGCCGAAUAGUAGCCCCUUAUCCCACCCCUUAUUUGCGGGCAAACCCCAAGACUGAACCAGGACUGUGUCUCAAUAAAGUCUUUUGCCACUGCU